AUGGUUAGGACACGAGGAAAUUUAUCUAGACGUGGUUCAAAUGAUGUACCCGAGAGUUCCACACAAGGUGGUGCACGCAAGAGACCGACAGCCUCGGCUCGUAUAAGGGGUCAACAUGAGGCUAAUGUUGUUGAGGAUGAUAUUGUUGAGAAUGAGGUCUCCGACGUUCCUCAGGAGGAUAAGCAGGGGAUUGAUAACGAUGGUGGAGGAUUUCCUGGUGGUCCAUAUGAUACAUCUUUAUUGACUCGGUACGAGGAUCAUGUUGCACGCAUGAUAUGGGAUGGUCAGGAUCGAGUUGUGAAAGUAGUGUCCCAUAUUAAAAAAGUGAAGAAAUUAGGACGUCCUCACCCUUCUGUUGCACCUUUUGUAUUAGCUUCUGGAUUAUCGCAUUUGUGCGACAUUUUAUAUGAAUAUAUUGAUCUUGGGUUAGUAUUGGGUUUCGUGGAGAGAUGGCAUCCCGAGACUAAUACUUUUCAUCUACCCAUUGGGGAAAUGACCAUCACUUUGGAUGACGUAUGGUCACUUCUUCAUCUUUCCAUCAGUGGAAACUUUUGCUCCACUGAAAAUCUAGAAUAUGAAGAUUCUGUUGAGAUUUUGACGACACUUCUUGGUGUUGACCGGGCCAUGGCUUGUGUGGAGCUGAAUCAAAGUCGGGGUGCACAGGUCCGACUUAGCUGGUUGAGAGAGUUGUAUGACAGCUGUUGUGAAAACGAGCUAUGGGAGUUUGCUGCACGUGCAUAUCUUUUGCACUUUGUAGGGUGCACAAUAUUUGCUAACAAAAGCGCCACCUAUGUUCGUACACAUUAUCUCGAGCUAUUUAGAGAUCUCUCCACAUGUCGUACAUAUGGUUGGGGAGUUGCUGCUCUUGUCCACUUAUAUUAG